CAUAUUUAUUUGUAUAUUUAUUUGAUGCUAAGUCGAGAGACCGGUUCAUCUCGGACUCCGAGUCCGAUUAAAAGCCUCGGAGCAAGUAUCUCUCAAAUAUCGCUCUCCCUGUACCGGCAGGCUUUUCCCCUGAUAUAAUUUCAUCCCUAAAACCCCAAACAAGUUUCACCGAAAUUCCAAGACCCCCAAAUCUCCUCUCUCGCCGAUGGAUUUCUUCAAGUCCGUCUUCUCCGACGACCCGAUUCCCUCCGACGAUUCACACACGGACACCCAAAACGACGACGACCCGAACCCGGUACCGGAAUCGGACCACAGCCCGCCUCCGAAUUCUGGUACCGGGGCGUGGAGCUUCGGAGGUCUGAUCACGACUUUGGCCGCGAAAUCUGAGUCCGUUAUCCAGAACUAUCGUCGCGAUUUCGAGGAGUUUGGGUCUGGGUUGAGGGAGGAGACGGCGGUGAUCCGGCAGGUGGCUUCACGCGCCGUCAAGGACCUUCCGGCUUCUCUCGAGGUCGGUGCGUCGGUGGCUCAGGAGUCGCUGGAGUCGGUGGGUCAGGCAAUCGAUGACAUCGGGAGCACUGUGUGGAAAUCGACGUCGGAGAUAAUUUCUCACGGUAGGGACGUAAUCUUAGCUGAUGAUGUCGAAUCUGAUAAUUUGGAUGAUAAUGUUAAUGAUAAUCGUGAGAUUAGUGGUAAUAAGCGAUUGAGUAGCAGUGGUAGUGAUUUGAGAAAGUACAGUAGGUUUGAAGCUCAAGUGCGUGCAAUUCAGAGUAAUAUGAAUACUUAUUUGGAGGAGCCUGAGGAUUUGGAAAGCUUUAGGAGUUGGACAUUAGGGUUUGUUCUGGAUGAGAAAGCAGAGGAGGUUGAGAAUUUGAUGAGGGAAAAUGGAGUGAUUGGUGAGAUUUAUGGGGAAAUUGUGCCUGGUAAGGUUGACAAUGAGAGCUUUUGGGUUAGGUACUUUUAUAGGGUGCAUAAGCUGACGGAAGUUGAGGAGGCGAGAGCUAAGCUUGUGAAUCGAGCAAUUUCCGGGGAGGAAGAGGAUUUGAGUUGGGAUUUUGAUGAUGAUGAAGAUGUGGAGAAGGAAGAGGGUAAUGGUUCGGGUUUGAAGGUUGGCACAAGUGGGACUGUGGAGUUGGAGAAGCAAAAGCAAGCUUCUUUUGAAGUUGCAAGGGGUAGUGAUGAUGUUGAGAGUGUUGAAAUUGCUGCAAGGAAAUCGGUGAGUAGUGACUGUGGGGAUAAGGCAGAGGCAAAAUUUGACGAGAAUGGAGUGUCAGAGGGGAAGACGGAUGGUGGUGAUUCUUGCAAAGAGAGCGAUGUUUCGAUAGUUUCGAGCCAGCCCUCAAUGCCUGAGGAAGAGGAUCUUGGGUGGGAUGAGAUUGAAGAUAUUGGAAGUGGGGAUGAAAACAAAGGGGAUGCCCCGGGGAGCAGCACUAACAGAGUUGAUUUGCAGAAGCGGCUCAGUACAGCAGAGGAAGAGGAGGAUUUGAGCUGGGAUAUUGAAGAUGAUGAAGAUGCGGCUAUUAAAUCAUGACAAAAUUAUGGUCUCAAGAAGAUCACAAGAGGUGUCGAGAUAAUUGUUUAUUUGGUUGUUAUACGUAAAUAUCUGUUCUUUGGAGUAUAAGUGAUUACAAUCACGUUAAUGUCACAUUUUAUAGUUCACUUCAAUUAGAAGCCUGAUAUUCGUAUCAUUUGCUCUAUAUAUAUACUGGAGUUGUUUGCACCCUUCAUGAUUUUGAGUUUUGGU